AUGCCAACCUCCGCUGAUGCCGGUAUUGGUGUCUGGGCAGAGAGGUGGUAUUUUUUCUUUCCUUUUAUUUUUCUUCCUUUUUUUCAUCUUGCCAACAGAAGUCAGUGCAGCACGGUGCACCGGAUGACAGGGCACGGCGACUCGCCGAUGCGGGCCAUAUCCGUACUUCGUCUCCUUGCUUGCCUACAUUUUGCGACGGCGUGUACUCAGGCCGCUGAAUGGCCGCCCAUCACUGCAGCAGCAGAGGCCAGUGUCCAAACAAAGUGCUGUAAGUUAGUAGAACUGACAUACUUGGACCAGUGA